AUUGAAACAAUGGCAAAAUAAAAGAACGUAAUAAAGUACAUUGCGGUAUGAUAAACUUGAAUAAUAAGGGUGGUUGGGGAUUUCUACCGAUUUCGACCCAAUUCCGAGGCGCUUUUGUAAAUUUUUUGUAAAUGGAAGCAGCAAACGCAAACAGAGAUUGGCAAACCAAGUGGAACUGUGGGUGCAAUUAUUAAUUUAAGGCAAACAAUAUUCGCCGUUUAUUUUCCUUGUUUUCUUCCAGAUAAAAAAAAAACAUUCCACAGUAACAACAACAGCAACAGCAACAACAAAGACAACAGCCAUGGUGAUAAGCUUGUUCUAAGCACUUGACUCUUGGAGGAAAAGACAACGUACAAUACGGAAUUUAGCAUGGUGCGACGUAAUGUUGCUGAGCAACAAACAAACAGCAGCAACAGUAGCAACAACAGCAAUACUGGCAGCAACAACAACAACAAUAGCAACAACAACAACAACAACAAUGCAGGCAGCUGCUCCUCUAAAGCAUCGUCCACCGCGAGUCUAAACAGUCUAACGAAUUCAGCCUCGCCGGCUUGCAACAUUGUCAUGUUGCAGGCAGCUCCGUUGCCAGCAGCGGCGCCGCAGCAGCAUUUGCCACCGGCAGCAGCAGCAGCCGCAGCAGCAACAUCAGCGAGAACUAACUCGCAACAACAACAGCAACAAUCGCCAUCGGACGGCGGCUCCUCGAAUUGUUCGCUGCCAUCGUCGCCGCCGUUGUUGCAACAGACGGCGACGCCGCCGCAGGGUGCACAAAUAGUGCCGCCAGUUUGUGCGCUACAUCAUCCGCAGCAGCAGUUGGCGCUGUUAGCGGCCAUGCAACACCAACAUCACAUGCUGCCCCCACCACCCGGCCAUCAGCAUGGCAUGCCACCACCACACACACACACACACUCUCACACACACACACACACGCAUCCACAUGCGGCACAUCAUCAGAGCCAUGAGAAUGGGCAUGGCGGUGGCAUCUCGCCCAAUGGCGGCUCCGGUGGCUCCUCCUCGGCGAGCAGUGUGAGCAGCGUGUCGAGCAGCAGCAACGGUGGUGGUGGCAAUGGCGGUGGUCAGGGAAAUGGCAAUGCUGGCAAUAGCACCAAUGGCAUUGGACCGCCACAGCCAGUGGCGACAGCAUUGCCAUCUGGUCCACUCUAUAUACAAUAUCCCGGCGACUUCUUUCCAUCAGAAUACUAUAUUGCACCGCAUCCGCACGAGGGUAUCUGUCCACAGCAUCCGCAUCAUCCGCACGCGCAUCAGCAUCAUCAUCAGCCCAUGUGCGCCAUCUCGGCGGAAUAUGGUAAGCAACAGUCAAAGAUGUUUAAAAUUAACCAUACGCCCCGUGGCCUCAAUUGUAAGUGCAAGUGACAAUUUCCACGCUGUUUUCAAUUAACGACAACUGCACAAAACUUUUGACUGCAAUUCCGAUUAGGAAGCCUGUGAAAAUAGCUGUGAUGGGCGUGGACAAGGUCAACAUAGACAAGUUUUCUCAACUAUUUGCAGUUAUGCAAGCAUUUUAGGAUGCGGAUUCUCUUGACUUGGCAAAGACACAGACGCCUUCUGCUCUCAACUGUUUUUAUGGCCAUGUGCAAAUGUGUUGAAUUAAGGAGGUCAGGGUAAUACCACUUCUUGGUCUGAUCAUGGUGGGAGGAA